AUGAGUACUCCUGAACCUAUCCACCAACAUGAUCACCACCUGAGGCGGGCCUCCCCACCCCCAGGCCCUUUUGGAUAUCCCUUAUUCAACGUCGACUCACCUUACGAUGAGCCGCCUGCUCCUCCACCUGGACCGUCGCUUCUCGAUGACACCGAAUCUAGCAUGCUUAACAAUUUCUUUAUGUCAAUGGAUCAUCUGGACAGCAACGAUUUUUGGUUUUCCCUGGGGGACCAAGACAAGGCAAGCGGCAACUUUGGGAUCGAGUGGCCUGAAGAGCUUCCUCCUACCUUCGAAGGUUCAACCACGUCUUUGGGUCCAUUUCCAACCUUCGCGAACGAUAUACAUCAAGAAGGGAUUAACAUGGAAAAGACAUCGUCAUCGCACAGUUCAGACGUGUUAGCUGCCGCAUCCAUGCUCUACCAUAAAAAUGGUCUUGUUUCGCAUGAUUAUUCGACUAGCCACAUCUUAACGGAAAACAACAACCAUUUUAAUGAUGUUCACGCAAAUGGAAAUAACCAUAAUAUCAGUAGUUCGAGGACGAAGAAUUCCUUUCUCCCUUCUCGCUUCGUUGAAGCAGUACCACCGGGAUCUUCGCCCAAGGACUUUGGUCUCCUCGGUAAAGGAUUCCAUACCACGAAAAUGUACUUCGAUGUUGAACGACAACUUGGGCCCGAACAGCAACAGAGAAUUGGUGCUCUCCGAUGGGGUUCAGACUUGAGAUUUUCAGAACGAUACCAUGCCGCCAUAGACGAACCUAGCGAAGAAGAGCGCACCAAAGACCUGCUACAGAAUCUGGACUGUCUGGAAUCGCAAAGUAGCACCGGAAACACGCGUGCUUCAAGCCCAGCUCGAAGAUCUUUCGAUCGUGCUAUGCCAGAAUGGGCUUCCCUAGGCACAUGGUCAACAACAGCAAAUAACGGUGUCCAAUCAUCGUCAGCAUCGUCAAAAUCCAUCACGAACGAUCCAACUCAUGCUGAAGAUGGCGCAAGACCCAGGAAACGCCGAAAAAGCAAGAGCAGAUUAAAGGAUGAAGAUAUAGACAUCGAACCACCAAAUAACAGCAAGUACAAUAACGAACCGAACGGCCGCCAAACUUCACCAAUACCCAGACGCUUCUCUUCCUCUGGCACCGAUACAACAUCCACAACAGUUACGACAACGACGACAAAACGGAAGAAACCCAAAACAGGACAAAGCGGCAAACCCCGCGAAAACCUCACGGAAGAGCAGAAACGAACCAACCACAUCCUUUCCGAGCAGAAACGACGAAACCUCAUCAAGCAAGGCUUCGAUGACCUGUGUGCUCUCGUUCCAGAACUGCAUGGUGGUGGCUUCAGUAAGAGCACGAUGCUCAUUCAGGCAGCGGAGUGGUUGGAGGAUCUACUACAUGGUAACGAGCUGUUGCGAAAUCAAUUGGAUGAGUUGAAGAGGAGGCACGCUACUGCUUCUACGUCUUCUGUCACUACUACUACAACUACGUCGACGACUGAUAUGACCACGGCUUAA